AUGGACAAAUCCUUUCCGGCGUUGAGUGCCGAGGACCCUCCAGAACACCGCGACAGUAUUGAACUAACCACAACUCCUUUGACAGAACACCAGCUGACACAGUCCAAUUCACAAAAUGCAAAUCUCGUCAAUGUGGAUGAUCUUCUUGAACACCACGUCGGCGCAUGUGGACUGUGGCAAUGGGCAGUAGUUAUUUUGUGUGUUCUUUCGGCACCUACCAUGUCUAUUUUUCCGGUCUUUGCAAAUGCUGUCCCGGAUAUACGAUGUAAGAUGGAGCCGAGUGUGGAGGACACCUUUUCUCAAUUUGGUUUAAACUUUGAUCAAGCCGCAGAGAUUAUCAUGCCGAAGACUGUAAAGGAUUCUGGGAUUCAAUAUGGUUGCAGUCGUCUUCAAUUUAACUGGACUGAUGAAGCGACUGUGAAGCGAUUGAUAGCGGAUCAUCUGCGAUUAAAUGGGUCCGUGGUUCAAAAUUCAUCAAAUUUAAGCACGGAGCCCUGUCCUUUCGGAUAUGUUUAUCGAAGCCGACCAUUCCAACAUCCAAGCACUAUUGUGAUGGACUUCAACCUGGUUUGUAACCACGCGUGGAUUCCUCCAUUUGGAGUAUUUUUAUUCAUGAUCGGAAUGUUUGUGGGAUAUUUACUUGGCGGCUCACUCGGUGAUAAAUAUGGUCGUAAACCAACAGCUAUCGGCUUCUCGUUGGUCGAACUUGUGGGAGCCGUCGUUAUUUCCACCGCACCCAACCACUAUGUUUACCAUAUAGGUCGAAUGUUUGUGGGAAUUACUAAUACGGGGAAAGCAAGUGUACUUCGUCUUCUACCGAUCGAGCUAACCCUGGCCAAAUAUAGGGGUUAUUUCUCCGCAUUUACUAUACUUGGAAUCGCUUUUUUUCAUCAGGCUAUCAUGGUUGGUGUAGCCUAUGUGGUUCCUCAGUGGAGGUGGAUCAAUGCAAUAUGUCUGAUGCCCGGAUUAAUUUCCAUAGCAUUUUUCUUUCUCCUACCCGAAUCUCCUCGAUGGUACAAUUCCCAAAACAGACCAGAUAAGGCACUUCUUGUGCUCCGGAAAGGCAUGCGCAUCAACCAUCUGUGUUCCAAAUCCCCAGUUGAUCUGGCACAAUGGCAGUUGCUCGAAGAAAAAUACUCACAUUUCAAACCCACAGGAAAAUCAACUGCAGUUCGUUUAGCCAGUAAACCGGUAUCGAGUUCAAUCAAAGAUAGAUGGAGGUCCAUCAGAACACAGACUCCCAAUGGUGAACUGUUGAAAAACCUCGUUGUUGGUAUGCUCCUCUACUUUACCCAAUCAUUGAGCUAUUUUGGUGUAUUGCUUUAUGCACGAGUUAUCCACAAUUCUGUAUAUUUGGUUGCUUUUCUGAAUGCCGCGACGGCCAUUCCGGGACCCGUGAUUGCCGCAAUUCUGUACCGCAUCUUUCGAUAUCGACGAAAUCCACUAAUGGUUUGCUUUCUUAUCAUAUUAGCUGCCCUGCUCACUGGUAGUUUGUACUCAAUUUUCGUUAAACCGAAAUCCGAUAUAGUACUGAAUGUGUUUUGUAAUUGCUCCUUAGUCUUGUAUGCCGCAACCAUGAUUAUGAUGUCAGUCUAUGUGGCUGAACUGUUCCCGUCCAAUGUUCGUACCAGGGCAGUCGGUAUGACUUCCGCAAUCGGUCGUCUGGGUAGCAGUUUGUCCACGUUCGUGAAUCAGUUAGACGUGUACGCUACUCAUGGUGUACCAAUUUUGAUUUAUGCCGGUGUCACUGUUCUGCAGAUGAUUUUACUACUGAUCAUUAAGGACACGACUGGAGAGAAUUUGCCCGAUGUGAGCGUCAAAUCCGGACAAACUGGCAAUCACGAAAAUACGAUCCCGGACGAGGACAAACUCAGUACGGUUCGUGUAUAG